AUGGAAAUGACCAUAUGGUCCAUAUCCAUAAUUCUCCUGAUGGUAUGGAUAGCAUUGCCGAAUUUAUUAAUUAUCUAUACCUGCGUCAGGGCCGCAGCCCAGGCCGUCAGGGAUAAUGCGAGGAGGGACGAGGAAACGGGCCAGUCAGAGAGAAUCCCGGGCCUGAACAGGGAUAAUACGAGGAGGGACGAGGAAACGGGCCAGUCAGAGAGAAUCCCGGGCCUGAACAGGGAUAAUACGAGGAGGGACGAGGAAACGGGCCAGACAGAGAGAAUCCCGGGCCUGAACAGGGAUAAUACGAGGGACGUGGAAACGGGCCAGUCAGAGAGAAUCCCGGGCCUAAAGCCCGACGACUUGGAGAGCCUGCCCUAUUUGGAUUAUGGUGGGCCCGGGAUUGGGAGCUCGUUGGAGUGCGCGGUGUGUUUGGAGAGCUUUAAGGCAGGUGAAAAAUGCAGGGUUUUGCCCACGUGCGGGCACAUUUUCCACGUGGGUUGCAUAGAUUCUUGGCUAUUGAAGACAGGGGCUUGUCCGAUUUGCAGGACGAGUGCCAACUCAGAUGAGUUGGAGGUGAGUCGUGAGAGCGUGUCAGGCGAGUUUGGGUUGGAGAUGGUGUAA